AUGAGGUCUGCUUCCGAAUCAUUCUGGAGGAUGAUCCGGCUGGCUGUGACAGUGGCGCUCAUGUCAGCGUGCAGAGGGGCAGAGUACGAGUACCUCAGCUGGAAGUCAGACAUGUACACCGGCGGGCGCAGCUACGGUAAGCCUCCCCAGUGCGUGGCCAUCCCGGAGGACCUGCGGCUGUGUGCCAACGUGGGUUACGACCAGAUGCUGCUGCCCAACCUGCUGGAACAUGAGACCAUGGCGGAGGUGAAGCAGCAGGCCAGCAGCUGGGUGCCCCUGGUGCACAAGAACUGCCACCCGGGCACGCAGGUCUUCCUCUGCUCGCUCUUUUCGCCAGUGUGCCUGGAGCGGCCCAUCUACCCGUGCCGCUGGCUGUGCGAGGCCGUGCGGGACGGUUGCAUCCCCAUCAUGGAGGCUUUUGGCUUCCCCUGGCCGGAGAUGCUCACCUGCGACAAGUUUCCCCAAGACGAUGUGUGCAUUGCAAUGACGCAGCCCAAUGCGACUGAAGCCACCAAGCCCACAGGUUACUCUCCCAUCUGCCCUCCAUGUGACAAUGAAAUGAAAACAGACGGCAUGCUUGAGCACAUGUGUGCCAGCGAGUUCGCUUUCAAGGCCAAGAUCAAGGAGGUAAAGCGAGAAAACAUGGACCGCAAGGUGAUCCUGCAGAAGAGGAAGAAGAUGUUGAUACAGGGGAACCUGAAGAAGAAGGACAUAAAGACGCUGGUGAUGUACUUGAAGAACGGUGCAGACUGCCCCUGCCAGCAGCUGGACAACCUGGCAAACCAGUAUCUAAUCAUGGGCCGGAAGGUGGAUAAGCAGUACCUCCUCACAGGCAUCCACAAGUGGGACAAGUCCAGCAAAGAGUUCAAAAAGGCCAUCAAGAAACUCAAGACCUACAAAUGUCCCGCCUUCGAGAAUGUCUUCAAAUAAUAUGACCCCCCCGCCCUCUUCCUUUGGUCGCAUUUCAUCCUACAUAUGAACUUGCACAAGCAUUAAAAAUCCCAAACAUUGCUUUCUAUUGUCCUGUUUAUAUAUCUAUAUAUCUUUGUAUAUUUACAGAUAUACUUUGAAAUGUCCAUCGUUAAGUUUUAGUUGAUUGUGGUGAGUGAUGACACCACAAAAGAGGGUCGGGUUUCCUUUAUUUCUUCUAACGAAAAGGACAUUGUAGUAAAAGCCCUUCUUCACAGAAAUCAUUUCCACUAUUUCUUUGUAGAUACAAUUACUUUGUUACCCUCUUUCAUUCAACAGGUCUAGGGAUUUUACUCAAAGGUAUGGAAGGACAUUUUGGGAAAUACAGUUUUGCUUUAUUACUGAGAAAUCAAUGGGAAGAGUGAAAACACUCUCAUGUCUGUACAGUAAAUAUGAAGCUAGAACCAGCAGAUGGUUAUCUUAGCCUAGCAUAGAGACUAGAAGCAGGGGUAAACAGCUAGCCUGGCUUUGUCCAACACUAGAAACCUAUAAAUUGAUUGUCCACUCGGACCACAAAUGGACUACAAGUGGAAACCAGAAUGCUUCCGUAACCUAAAAUCUUGUCCCAUUUUCUACAGAUUCUGCGUUCACAUGCAGAUAUCUGUGUAUAGAGAUUACAAUGAAUGGAAUGGCCACCGUGGCCACAUGACCACACCUACCCCAAAUUCCCCUUUCCCGUAUUUUCACCUAUUCUCAUCUGGUCACCCGCAUGCUAAUGUAAACUAACCAUCUGCUGCUCUAGCUUCGCAUUCAGUGUGCAAAUAUAAGAGUGGUAUUGGUCUUCUCAUCUAACUCGGUAAAAAUGUUCAGCUAUCCUUAUUAAUCUUUCUCACUGUGAUCAUAAAGUAAUUAAUCAUAAAACCAGUGAUUAGACUACAGUAUUGGCAGUUGCAGGUAUUUGGAGCUUUAAAAGCCACACUGUACAGAGCAGCUCAAUGUAGGGUUCCUGUUGAAUAAGUUACUGACAGAAGUAUGAAUGAGUGCUGCCGUCAGCUGAUUGAUUUGUCAAACUAAAGACUGAACUACCAAUCAUUUUGAUCAUUUUCUUCUAAUUUCCUCUUUUUGUUUUUACAUUUCUUUUCAUUACUUGAAAAAUCUAAAAGAAUUAUAACCACCAAUCUGCAUCAUGAGAUACCAUGUAGGCCUAUGUGGCAGAUUUCGUCAUUUCUUGUUGUGCAUUGUCACCUGACAUUUGGCCAAAUGAUGUUUUUUUACCACUUUUCUGUCUCUCUACAUCCAGUCUAACUGCAGUAAUCAGUAUUCAUCGGUAAUGGAAAACGCCUUGUAGUUAUACAUGUUUCAAAGUGCAAAAGUUAUGAAAGUGCAAAUAUUGCAAACUCUGUGUUCUGGUUUGUUUUGCUCAAGUGUUGCUGGUCAGUUUUAGCACUAUUUUGUUACAGAUUUGAAUGUCAGCAGUGCAUUGCUGCCUAUUACAUGUACAUACAAAUUUUACAUAAAUAUGGAAAACUGAA